CAUCGACCGGUUCUACUGUUCUACUCGCAGAAUUAUUUAAAACGUAAAUCUUUUGUAAAGUAUAUUUCCCUCUGUAGUUUGUUUAAGUAAAUUUGUUCAUUAUUUUACAGUUGUAUGUAAAUUUUCAAAACAUUUUUAAAAGUUGAAACAUAUUUAGUUUUCAUUUGUCCCAGCCUUAAAAUGUAUUCUGAAUGUAAUAUACAAUUUCGAUUGGAACCAUGAUAAAUGUUACUAUCUUAACAAGUAAAAUCGAUAACAGGCAUGAACAUUUUUAAAAAUAUAAUAAUGAGAAUACAGUAGAGAUACGAGUAGAUGAUAUGACUAUCACUUUUAAUUGGAAUCGUAUUUUUGUGUAUUUUACUUAAAAAAUGCGUAACACGGAAGAGGAUAAAAAUCUUUUCAAUUGUAUUACUAAAAAUCUUUAUGUUUAUCGGUUCAGUUUACUUAUAAGAGCAUAACAGUCAUCGAUGACUUUUGUUCAGAUUUAUCACAGAUAAGUAACGAUUCUAUUUGGUGCAAAAUGAACCAAUGGAAGGUUCGUCAUGUGACAAAAAAUGACGCCAUUGUUCUGACUUGUUUAUUCUGAAUUUGAACAAUCAAUGACGAAAGAUUGACACUUAUUGAAUUAACGUUCAUUUCGAAGUAAGAUUUUGAUUUAUUGACGGUAAGUGACAAUAAAAGUGAUACUUACACUUUACAAUGUUAUUUUAUCUUAAAAUACCAUAGUGUAAAAAACUAUGUAUACGUAAAAAUUACCACAUUGUAAACAGUGUUUUAACUUGAAUGAAUUAACUAUUAAGAAUGUUGUGAAAAAACUAUUGUUUCAGAGGUUAUAAGAUAAUUCGUUAAUAUGCCUAAUGUUUUUUUUAUAAAUAGUUUGUUUCUUGAUUGCGUAUAAACAAAAUAUAUAAUUUACCUACAAUAUUUAAGAAAUUCCUUAUUCAUGGGAGUCAUAUGAAAUAUCUUGACAAGAUUGUGUUUAGAAAAAUUAAUAGUUAUUCUUUUAAUUGCAAUCUUUAUACUAUAUAACAUUAUGAAGUUGUAUGAGAAAUCUUUGGAUUUUCCUUCAUGAUGAUAAGUUGUCAAUUAUUUCAUAACAAAGUUAAUAUUUCUGAUGUUUUUCUAUAUUAAUGCUUUAAAACGUUUACAUAUAAUAAUAUCCAUUAUAAUUACAAUAUUGUAAUGCAGUGAUUCGAAAUAUGUUUCAACUAUCUGUUUUAGACGUGGACAAAUUUAUACAUACAUUUGUUCAAAAUUUAGGUUUAAGAAUUGAAUCUCCUGUUUGUAAAAAUCACACAAAAAUUACAUUUAUAAAGUAUGUCAACAGAGCUUGUAAAAUUAAACAUCGGUUACUAUGCACUAUAGAGAAAAUGAGAGAAAUUAAUGUACAAGAAAAUUUAGAUUUGUCUAAUGAAAGAAAUGUACAAUGUUUUAUAGAAAAACAUAUAAACUUUUUUGAUAAACCGACUUCUUUAAAUAACAGACAGAUAUUAACUUCACACUUAAAACAUAUAAAUACAAAAAUACUUCAAAAAGUUGAGACAAAAAGAAGAAAUAUCGAAAAUAUAAAAAGAGUGGAAGUUAAAGUAUUAAAUAACAAUGUAUCUUAUAAAAAGAAAGUAAAAACUAAUUUAAGAAAUAAGUUUUGUGGAUUAAAGAAGAAUCUGUCCCCUACAUUAAGCAGGGAAAAGCAUGUUAAUCUACAAAUAUGUAAAAGAAGAAAAUGUAAGAGUACAGCUAUAACUGAAAAUUCUGAUAUAUUCUUUUAUGAUACAACUAAGCUGAAAAGUUGCAAUAGUAUUAUCGAUUCAAAUGCAAAGUUGUAUAAUCAGAAAGAUUCGAUUAAUCACAGUUUGACGAAAAGUGUAAUAGACAUAGCUAAAAAGGAAAUAGAAAUGGCAGAGAAAAUUUUAUGGUUUCAUACAAAAGAUGUAGAGUUUAUUAAGAAGAAAUUACAUGUUUUCUUAUAUAUUGCAAAGAAUGAAAAUUACGUUGGUAAUAUGAACAAUCGGAUGAAAUACAAUCAACUUCUUUGUCAUCAUUCAAUUUUAUGUUUGAUUGAACCAAGCAAAAAAGCUUUUGUCUCAAUUGAAGAUGAUUUAAUGAUUGUUAUUAAAAAACAUCUAUCGCAAGGAUAUAAAUAUCAAUUUGAAUUUCAGAGAGGUUCACAAAAUUGUUUCACUGCUUUACUUGUCUUAAGUCAGUGGGCCAGCAUUUUGGUACAACAUUUGAAUACAACAAUGAUACAGACAAUUUGUGGUAUAUUGAGAUGCGAUGUACACGAAAUAUUAGUUUUGCAUAGUCCAUAAGAAAAAUGAUCAUAAACAUCUUAAUUGAAAUGUAAUGUCACUGCUUAAUAAAGAAAUAUCAUCACAGUAUUUUUAUAUUAUAGAAGAUUGAAUGUUUACAUCUGAAACCACAAUUUAUCAUACAAUGUUAAAUAAUUUUAAA